GUGGAGAAAGAGACAGGAGAGGUCAUUGUUUGAGAUGGGAGACUACUGAUUCCAGUGUUUUUAUAAUAUUUAUAUGGUGGUAUCAGCACAUACUUUCCCUAAGUCCGUUAACUUGACUGGUGGAUGCUUUUUUCCCCCCUUUACAUUUUGUAAGUUACAGAAACAAGUGGGGUGUUGAGAGUUCCCAGUUUUGGUUGUUUUUACUUUCCUUCUACAUAUCUGGACAGUGUUUUCCUCUUCACCAUGGCGGGCAGGUGGAACCUCGUGAUACUGGCUCUGUACCUCUCCCUCGUCAUGGUCCUGUCACUCUGCCCUAAUGGACGUAAAUCUGUGAAGCAAGUUUGCGUUGAUUUUGAUGAAUGUGAAGUUGAUGAGUCUGAUGAAAUCGGGCCAUGUGGAGAGGACGCGCUCUGUCUCAACACGAUUGGCAGCUUCUACUGCCAGUGUGCUAAUGGUUACAAAUCAUCGACAGGGGCUUUGAAUUUUUCAGCUGACACAUCGACAGAAUGUCAAGACAUCAAUGAGUGCUUGGAAGACAAAGACAUCUGUGGACUUAAUGCCAGAUGUUUUAACUCAAUCCCAAAUUAUUCCUGCAUUUGUGACGAUGGAUUCAUGUCCACUACUGGAAUGGAAAGCUUUCGCCACGGUGACAACGUAACAUGCAGAGAUUUUGAUGAAUGUCAAGAAAGUGUUUGUGGAGAAAAUGCAGAAUGCGUCAACACACCAGGCAGUUAUCACUGUGUCUGUAACGCCGGCUUUGGACUGAAAUCUGGCAGAUCUAAUUUCACCGGCAGUCAGGAGCAAUGUGAAGACAUAUGUAUGAUUGAUAAGGCAAUCUGCGGAAAUGGAACCUGCCACCGUGGAGCCAGCGGCCAUUACUGUGCAUGCCACGCAGGGUUCACUAACUAUGGCAACAAAGGGUCUAGCUGCUCUGCGUUAAACUGUGAUGUAUUCAGAGUCAUGAACAAUCCGCAAGAGAAAUUUCCAGUCGCACAUGAUCUCAUGAUGCAGUUGGAAGAAAGCUGUCUGAACCUUACAGAAAGUGAGAAUCCAACAGAGCUGGAUGGAGAGGACAUACUGAAGAAACUGUUGUCUGUGAUCGACAAGCUCUUGUCCAGUGGAGCCUUCAAUGAUAACAGGAAAGUCUCCACCUUUCUGAACUUGGUGGAGAACGCUCUGAGGCUCAUAGGAGCUUUCAUUAAGCCCCCUGGGACAACAAGAUCCUCCACUCACACAGAGCUGGAGCUGCUGGUAGAGAAAGGGGCCAAAUUACCAACGGGAGCUGUGACUUUAUCGUCUAAGCAAGCUCAGGUGGACAUCCAGUUGGAGACCGCUGCUGGAGAUCUUUCAUAUUACCCUGGCUUUACAACAGUGUCCCUGCUGAGCUAUGCAAACCUGGAGGACUCUGCAGACGGCUUCUUUGGUGGGAUGAAACCACAAGUGAACCAACGCUUUGAGCUCAACUCUAAAGUCGUGACGGUCUCCGUCAGUAACAGAAACACAAGCCACCUCAAAGAGCCAGUCAAACUGACUUUCAGACACCUCCAACAGACAAAUGAAUCCAAUCACACCUGUGUGUUCUGGGAUGCCUCGCAGGAAGGGGGGUCAUGGUCUGCUCGUGGCUGCAAAGUGGUGGAGUCCAAGCCUGAACACACUGUGUGUUCCUGCAACCAUCUGAGCAGCUUUGCUGUGCUCAUGGCGCUCUACGAGAUAGAGGACAAGUUUGAAUUGCAGCUGAUCACCUGGGUUGGUCUGUCCCUUUCACUAAUUUGCCUGUUCAUCUGCAUCCUGACCUUCUCGUUGAUCCGAUCCAUCAAAAGCCCGAGAACCACCAUCCACCUGCACCUCUGCAUCAGUCUCUUCAUAGCCACCGUUAUCUUCCUCGCAGGCAUCUCUCGUACGGAGAGCCGGGUUGGCUGUGCAGUGAUAGCAGGGCUGCUGCAUUUCUUCUUCCUGGCAGCAUUUUGCUGGAUGUGUCUGGAGGGCAUACAACUCUUCAGGAUGGUAGUCCUGGUCUUCAACACCAACUUCAAAACCCUCUACAUGAUGGCAGGCGGCUACGGAGUCCCAGCUGUUAUUGUCGCUAUCUCUGCCUUAGCUAACGCCAAGGGAUACGGCACCAAGAGACAUUGUUGGUUAAACCUGGACUCCAUUUGGAGUUUCUUUGGCCCUGCCUGCGUCAUUAUCAUUGUAAACGUUUUCUUCUUUCUCAUCACUGUGUGGAAGUUGGCACAGAAGUUCUCAAGUUUAAACCCUGAACUUGACAAUCUGCAGAAAAUAAAGGCGUUCACCAUCACUGCAGUGGCUCAGCUGUGUUUGUUGGGCACCAUGUGGAUCUUUGGAUGCUUCCAGUUUGAGGAAGGCACCAUAAUCAUGUCUUACCUGUUCACCAUCUUUGGCAGCUUUCAGGGGGUUAUGCUCUUUGUCAUGCACUGUCUGUUUUCCAAACAGGUGAGGGAAGAAUAUGGAAACAUCCUGUCCAGAUGCUGUGCUCCUCAGAAAAAGAGCUACUCAAACUUCAGUUACUCACAAACCAGCAAAGCUCAAGCAUCAAAGAGCACCCAGGACACGGGAGAGUCUCGAAUCUGAGCCUCUACAAAGUGACACUGGAGCAAAUUCUGAUUUAUUUGCCGUCUGCCAUCUGUUUAAGACAGACGGCAAACUACUGCCAUGCAAUUUUUGGUGAAUGCACCGGUUUGCCUCACUGCAAAAUGUUGUAAAUAGUAUCCUUCUUUUUGUUUUCUUUUUUUUUCAUUUUCCUUUUGGGUUAAUAAGUUGGUCUUUGUAUUUAAAGCUAUCUAAAACGUAACAGUUGACUGUUAUAAUUGAGAAAUGAGAAACGAGAAAUGCCAUUCAACAGUUGUUAAGCUGCACAAAGUGUGCUUUACAUUCAUCCCCACAUUUGUUUUAUUUGAGUAUUUAAAAAAAUGGUUUGGGCCAAAAUAUCAGAGUGAUAGAUAAUGUUGUGUAAUGUUGUGAUGUUUAUCAGGUUCCUGUAAUACGGCUUGUCAUGUCAUCCAGGUACUUGAUUGAACCAGCAAAGACAAUCUGAAAGACAUUUGUUAGCCAAGCACUUUUUUCUGUAGAACUUGUAUUUAAAACGAUAUUAUCUUAAUAUGACCAACGAAAAAAAGGACAAUUAUGCCACUGAAAUAUUUUUUUAAAUAUAAAGUAUAUUUGUGUAUAUAUUGCUGGGCAAUUUAGUAUGAAUACAGUAAGUCACUGCAUUCCCGCGCCAAUCGGCAUGCUGUAAUAUGUUAAAUGUAUUAUAUCGAAUUAUUUUAAAAAACGGAAAUUUUGAACUUGAAUGUUCUAAAGAUAACUUUUGUUAUUAUUGUCUGUUAGAAAAUGAAUACUGUUGUAAGCACUGGUUUUAGCUCAAUUUUGAGCUUUCUGUUUGAUUCUUGGUCAAAAUAUGUAUCUUAGCUUCUGAAUUUCCAAUUUACAUUAUUUAAAAUUGUGUUGCCUCUCCUGGAAGCUUUAAAUUGAAUAAAUAUUUUUAUUUUGCUCCACUUA